AAGAUGCGCUAAGUUAGCGUCACAUUUUUUCUGUUUGGUAUACCUCAUCCUUAGUCCUCCAAGCUUGCCUAACCAACGAAAUUCGCACGCGACAUUAAUCAAUUAAGCACACAGGUCCAAAAGUCUAACGUACGAUAUCCCCCGGAUUUACACACCCAUUGAACACGGAUAUCUCUUGCAACGGUAAACUUUCAGCGAAGGCACUCCCAACAUGAGGCUCACAGCCGAGCUCCUCCAGAAUUCCCCCUCAUGGCUGAACGCGCUCAAGGAACGCGAGCUCGAGCUUCGAGGACAUCGAAUUCCCGCUAUUGAGAACCUGGGUGUUGCUGGACCCCAAGACGCCAUAGACUUCGUCGACAAUGAUAUCCAACUAUUGGGGAACUUUCCCCUAUCGCCACGAAUACACACCCUCCUACUCCAGCGUAAUCGCAUCUCCACCAUACAGCCUACGCUCGCGAACUCGAUCCCGAACCUCACGAAUAUACAGCUAGAGUCGAACAACUUGACUGAAUUGGCGGACCUAGACCCUCUAGGAACUUUCCCACGCCUGACACAUCUAGUACUACGAGAUAAUCCAGUGACUAAGAAGGAGAAUUAUCGAUACUGGGUCCUAUGGCGGUGCCCCACAGUCCGCUUCCUCGACUUCGAAAAAGUCAAAGACGCUGAGCGCAAGCAAGCCACAAAACUCUUCGGCACCGCCUCCGCACCCACCGACCUCGCAUCCAAGAUCAUGGGUAUCAAAUCCAAGACCUUCGACUCCACCCUCGCUUCCAACGGUGCCGGGUCCACGGGCGUCGGGUUGCCUACGCGUAUGUCCCGUAUAAAGCUCACGGAUAAGGAGAAGAAGCGGUUGCAGGAGAUGAUCAAGAACGCUACGAGUUUGGAGGAGAUUACUAGACUUGAUACUAUGUUGAGGGAGGGACGGAUCCCGGCUGGUGUGCAUUUGGGUGAUGAGAUGGAGGAGUAAGAUUCGCUAUGCCAUCUCCGGAACUUGGAAUGUUGAGGGUUGGAGGCGGUGAGGUGAUGAUGAUGGGGACCAAAAAAGUAUGAUUUCAGUCAUUGGUCUUAAAAAUGAAGAUAGGGUAUACCCACGGACUAGGCAAUAUUAUUCUUUCACCUGCCAUUUAAUUGACAAAGACGUGCA